UAUGGUUGUUGUCGUGUAAACAACUAUCAAUCAUUUGGACCCUUGACUAACAACAAGUAACACAUUUGUUUACCAUCAUGACCAUGGUCCCUCGGUGAUUUAAUCAUACAGUUUUACUCUCUGCAUAGUUUGCAUGUAACUGUGUUAAAACCAUGUCAGGUUCAACGACGAAAUCAGAAUUUAUAGUCGGUGGGAAGUACAGACUCGUGAGGAAAAUAGGCAGUGGUUCCUUCGGUGACAUCUACCUGGGAAUUAAUAUCAGCAAUGGCGACGAAGUUGCAGUUAAGUUGGAGUCUCUGAAAGCAAGACAUCCCCAGCUGCUGUACGAGAGCAAACUUUAUAAGAUUCUACAAGGAGGUAUUGGCAUCCCUAAAAACAGUUGGUUUGGUCAGGAGAAAGAGUACAAUGUCCUUGUUAUGGACCUGCUGGGACCUAGCCUUGAGGAUCUCUUCAAUUUCUGUGGUCGCAAGUUUACAAUGAAGACUGUUUUGAUGCUGGCAGAUCAGAUGAUCAGCCGUAUUGAGUUUGUCCACAACAAGAACUUCAUCCACAGAGAUAUAAAGCCUGAUAACUUUCUUAUGGGUAUUGGGAAACAUUGUAACCAGCUUUUCAUCAUUGACUUUGGACUUGCCAAGAAAUAUCGGGACACCAGAACGAAGGCUCAUAUUCCUUACAGGGAAGACAAGAAUCUGACGGGGACAGCAAGGUACGCCAGCAUCAACGCACAUCUUGGCAUCGAACAAAGUCGGCGAGACGACAUGGAGUCGCUAGGGUACGUCCUGAUGUACUUCAAUAGGACCAGUCUACCGUGGCAAGGUCUUAAAGCUGCAACCAAGAAGCAGAAAUAUGAGAAGAUUAGCGAGAAGAAGAUGUCUACACCCGUAGAGGUGCUCUGCAAGGGAUUUCCAGCGGAGUUUGCCAUGUACUUGAACUACUCAAGGGGUCUUCGCUUUGAUGAGAAUCCAGACUACAUGUACCUGAGGCAGUUGUUCCGAAUCCUGUUCCGUACCCUCAACCACACAUACGACUACGUCUUUGACUGGACCCUUCUGAAGCAGAAGGCCGCGUCGCAGAUCCCAAGCCAGCACAGCACUGGAAACCAGAAGAUGGGGACAGCCCAAGCGACGCGACACUCAGAGAGUCGGAACUUGAGUAGGCAUUGAAUGCCACGUUUGGACAGUUCUUAGAAUAUUUAUAUUGAGAAGUGUUUUCCUUGGAUGUGCCAAUAUACAAGUGAGGAUGUUAAGGUGGCUCUUCUGGAAAGUUGGGGUUUGCAGUCAACACCAUUUUGUUUCUUCAGCCUUGUGAGUCAACAAAUGCUUAUAAGGAGUGUUUUGUUGCGGUGUUAAGUGGUAGAGCCCACUAAAACUGACAAUUGUAAAUAGUGUAAAUUAUAUUACAUCAACGAACCUUUGUACAACAUUCUGUACGCAUGUUUAUAAACCGUUAUUGUAACUUGGACUGCAUUGUCAAUAAUUAUCAAUUUUGCAGUGGUUAUCGAGUAUUUUAUGCGAAGCGUAAUUCAAUAUCAAUUCAACCGUGGUUAUCAAGUAUUUCAUGGUAUUUCAUGCGAAGCAUAAUUAUAUAUUUUUUUUAGCAGGGGAAUUUUGUUUUGACAGUGCAUGGUGUAUGUAUUCACAGUGGUUAAGGUAUUCAAGAUAAAGAAUCAUGGAUCAAGGAAUCACAGUGACAGCGUUGAAGUUUCGUUUUCCUUGAUUGAGAUGAUUCGUUUGUCUAAAACAUGAAUAGACCGAUCCAUUAAGCUCCGCCCCACUGGGUAUUGACCAAUCACAGCGCCUUGAACACCCAGCAGGGUGGAUAUGUGCGCAUUACAAGUCUUAUUAUUAUUAUUAUUAUUAUUAAUGAAGGUCCGACACCAAGGUCCGACAUCGUGCGCGUAUGCUUGGCGCGAGUGGCAGAGUUGUGCAGAAAGGCAUUGGAGAGCCUCUCGUGUUCUUGCGUCGUGGGCGGAGCCUACUGGAUCGGUCUAUUCCUUGUGGGAAGGAACAGUACAGGUGUUACAUGGGGUUAAAACUCAGGGCAAAAAUUCACAAAUCUCAGCACUUGUAGCUCAGAAACAUUACCAGGUCAAGAUUUUAUUUACAGAGACAAGAAUUAAAAUAAAAAGAGACUAGAAUCAAAAUGAGAAGACAGUUUGUAUAAUCUACAAAAAAAAAUAUUUGAA